AUGUCAGCAUCUUGUCUCAACCCGCGUGCAAUCCCGCAUACGCGGUGUACCUAUGCCCUCGGUGCUCUUAUCCAGGUCCUCCCGUUUACAGUUCGCAGCACACAUCUACAACGCGUACACGGCCGAAAUCCAGCCGUUGUUGAUGCCCCGCGGCUUCGGGCCGACGCUCUAAAGUUUUGGUACCCGGUCGGGCUGCGAUUUCAGGGCCCGGCGUACAACGGGGAGAGACGUGGAGCCGAGUUUCCAACCUCUGGAGGGAGUCCGCCCUUGUGUGCUUCUCGAGAUCGUCAACAUCUGGGGGCCACACCGACACCUGACACCCCCAGGUGACCGCUCUCUCAACGAAAACGAGCCUUCCAUAGCCCUAACAACUCCUCAAGUUCGCACGGGUCUGUAGAAGAUGGAGUCGUGUUCGAUCCCAGCUGAGGCCAGUUGCCCUUUUCGCAUCUGUUUUUCUUUUCCCGGCAGCCUUGGUCCUCCUUUGUGGCAUUCUCACAUACUGCAGCAAUUUACCGUCGAAGAACACGUUUUACAAAUUUCUUCCCGUUAUGCAGGUUUUGGACAUUGAAACCGGUACGCGUAUUCACGCUUGUUGAUACUCAUAACGGGCCUUGAAAGGUAAACUACGCGGGGUGCAGCAAGCACGUUCUGGACGUUACUUGGGGCACUGGGUAGUCGGCCGUGUUAGACCGGGAGAGAGAGGUUGAGAGAGAGCUGGAGAGAGAGUGGGAGAAGGAACCUUGAUUGGAGAGAGACGGUGGUGGUGGUGGAGAGAGAGGGUGGUGGUGGUGGAGAGAGACGGUGGUGGUGGUGGAGAGAGAGAGGGAAGAAGUGCGCAGCACGCACGCAAGCUCCAUCGCACCAACCACGCCAAAAGGAUCCCCGUGACUGCACCGGUGGUACCCUACUACACACGAAAUUCCCAACACGUAUCCCCUGGGAUCCUCACGACCAGAUACUGCUGCGAGUAUAUCUAACAUCCCCCCUGCUCGCAACAGUCUCUCACUGAAAACUUCGCUAACACCCGAUAUCUCAACCAAAAGACGUCUUUCCCAGACGAUAUGCCACCAAGACUUUACCAGAAUAACAUAAGAGAGAGAAAAACAAUUCAAAGGAAUAUGAAUGCUGCAUCGCGCGUAACAAAUACUUGGCGCGGGAAAUGAAAGAAAACGGGAAACAAAACGAGAAGCAAAACAAAACCAAAACACAACCUAUCAGAAAAACAACAAAAUGUUCAUGCCGAAUUCAUCGCA